AUGUCACUUUCUCAUGACAGCUCUUCAACUCCUGUAUCUAGAGUUGUUGUUUCUUCUUCUUUGACCAUGUCAGGAAAUUUCCCCCAUCCGUCUCUGCUACAAACUCCAGAUUCUCUGCAGCUCUCUCUUCCUGUGGUGAGCAAUGCAGCUCCCUUCACAGGAAGCAUCUCUAACUUCUCCAGGGUCUCUGCUCCAGCUGUCAGCUCAGCAUGGCUACUUCCAUCAGCCUCUAUCACCUCUUUCCAACCACCUGUGGGCAGUACCUACCAUUACCCAACUUCUGGCACAACUAUGCAGCCUUCAGUUGGGGGGCAGAGCCAAAUCCCCAUUAUACUGUCCUCUUACCCGGGGAUUGUUGGGUGGAACCUCACGGGAAGCACUCAGAAGAAGUCCUCCUCACUUCAGGACUCCACUUUCACUGUCAUUGAUCCAGACACAGUGAUGUCUUCAAUACCCGUGGUAAUUCAGUAUGACAAACCUGCAGAUACCAGUACCGUAAGUGCUCUGUACCCAGCACUACCUGUUAGCCUUGUCCAGGGGACACCAAAUCAGGGACAUAGUUUCUCAGUUCCCCCUCAGGACAGAGGUCAGGUAUAUUACUGUAAUCAGGGCACAGUGGGGCCCCUUGUCUCUGGAGAGCUUGGUCCUUGCCUGCAAUCCUAUGGCACUGAGUCAUACACAGGAGGCAGGGCCCCUGCUCCUCAACCAGAAAUGGUGAUGGUACUAAAGGAGAUUCAGCCUGCAAAUGCCCUUCUGCCGGCCUCUACUUCUGGAACUUACUACUCCAUCUCUGGUCAACCAAUCUCAGAAGCAAGAUUGCCAGGGAUGGAAAGUUCCGUGGGCAUGGAGACUUCCUUGAGAUGGCAACCUCCAUGCCAGAUGUUUUGUCUGCCACAAACACUAGAAAGCCAAAAGUCCUGCAGCAGUAAUAUCCAGCUACUUGAAAGUCAUCCACCAAAUGAGCUUGGGGACACCCCAGUGAUAGCUGCAGGUGAGAGUUCUAGUAACCUCCUUGCACUGCCUCCAGCUCCAAGCCUGGAACAAACCAAGGACAAGAAUCCUGAUGCAGGUAAAAACAAGCAUUUCAAACCUCUGGAUGCCUAUCCAGUCCCAACGGAAUGUGUGGAACUUCCAUUAAUCCCGUUAGAAAUCUCUGAUAUCUUUGAGCUUCUGUCUUGUGUCGAUCCUCUCCAUCAAGAGGAACAGCCUGGUGCUGAAAACACUGAAGAAAGAAAGACCAGCUUCAGUGUUGAGGACCAAGGUGCAUUUGAAAAUGAGUUUGAGUGUGGCAGUAGUUUUGCAGCUAUCACCACACUGGUAGAUAAUAUGGAUGUUCCUCAAGUUUUUAUCUCCUUGGUAGACCUUGAUCAAACCAAAGGCCUGGAGUCAAUUAAAGCCGAAGACAGCAAAGGGAUCAGUGUGGAUGUGGGGCAGGAAAAGGCAAGCCUGAUAAAGGCUUCCUGUGAUCCAGGCAGGAAGAGAAAACACACAGUCUCUGAGUUUAUCUCUGGUGCUCCAGAGGCCAAGAUCCAGGUAAAGACCCCAGAGGGAGAAGUGGCUGUUUGCAAUUCAGAGACCAGUGACAGAGCACGAGUCAAAAGAGCUAAGCAUUCUACCAACAAAUCUCAUAUACCUGCAUCAGGCAGGAUCAACAAAAUGAAUACAGAGGCCAAGGCCAAAAGGAGUCAAGAAAGCAAUUUCAAGAAAGCUGGGGACAGUAAGCAGCCAGGGAACCAAGUUCUAGAAUUGAAGCCCAGCAUCCCCAAGAGCAAGAGGAAGAAAACUCAGCCUGAGCUUGGCCCGGAGACCUUUAAGAAGCCUCGCAGCAGCCUGGGCAUGCACAUGCUGGAGUCUGUGCAGGUCUUUCACGCUCUAGGGAAGAGGAUUGAUAACAGAGCCGGGCUUCUUUCCUCCAGGGCCCUGGGAAACACAAGUAACACCAAAGAGCCCCGGCCAGCCCCAGCUGUCAAACCAUGGCUGCACAUCCCACCUGAGGGGAAAGGGCUUGAGCAAACCCAAGUCAAAGCCCACAGUCCUGAUGGCCAUGUAGAGAAUCAUCCAUCUCCACCCCAGGACGAGGGGCCACAUCCUGGGAAGGUCAGGCUGGUACCUUUGCCUUUUCUCACCUUGGACAAGCGUCAAGUGAGGCCUGUGCCUCGCAGGCCACAGUCUCUGGUUACGCAUUGCCCUUCUAGGCCUGGUUCCACCAACUCAGCUCAACCCAUUACUGGCAAUCCAUCCCAGUCAGCUCCUGUUUCUUCAUCUGUGGCGGGUCCUGCUGCACCAACUCGGACAAUUUUCCCGAAUGCAGCCCGACCAGCCGUGACCAACCCUGCUCGGCCCGGUGUCCUCCAGCCUGCUCCUCCAAAGCCGGCAGCCUGCACAGCAGCAUCUGGUGCUGCUUCCCAGGGAGAGCCUGUGACCACCUUUGGGAGCAAGUGGCAGCCCCCACCCAAGCCUCAAACCCAAUUGCUACUGGAAGAUUUCAGCUUACAACCGAUUCCGUGGAGGAAGCCCAACGUCCCUGAGCCUGUGAUGUCCAAGCCCAUCACCAAGGAGCAGAGGCCAGAGCGUGAGGCCAUGAAGAGGCGAGCUCAACAGGAGCGGGAGGAGGCUGCCAAGUACACCUCAUUGGGUAAAGUGCGGUUUUUCGCGCAGAGGGAGAAAGACAUGGAGAUUGCGCGAUACUAUGGUUAUGCAGUCUGA